AUGGCGUCUCAGCAACAGUCCCGCAUCCAGUCUUACCUGGAGAGGAACAAAAUCGGACCCCUGUUUGAGGAAAUGAUGACCAAACUGAUAACUGAGACUCCAGACCAUCCAAUCCCGUUUCUAAUUGGACAUUUACAGACCAAACAGGAAAGUCCAGGCCGGAUUCACCGAACGCUGUCUGGAUCUGCAGCUCUGUGGGCCGAGAGCGACUAUUCAGAAAGCAAAAGUAAUCGACGGGAUUUCAGGAGUUACGACAGAGCCUGGCAGAUUCACCCCAAGAAGCCCAAAAAGUCCAAGAGUGACUUAGCAGUGUCCAACAUUUCUCCUCCUUCUUCUGAGUCAAAGUCUCUGCCUCGUUCUAUAGAGUGUCCCUCAUGGGACUGGAGGACCAAACCCGAGAGCCGGGACUUUGACGAGCUCAACCACAUCCUGCGGGAGAGCAAGAAGCUGGGCAAAGCAUUGGAGAACCUAUCCCGAAGUAUUGCCUUAUCUGAUGAGCUUGAUCAGGACCCACGGCUUUAUAACUCGGUCUUGCGGCCCCGUAUUGUGGGCGAGUGGCUGGGCAGAGACGAGGACGACGCUGACCCACUGGCUGCUGAGAUGCUCCAGCCGCCUGUCCCCAGGGCAAAGAACGAGGGAUGGAGCAGCCAAGACACCAGUCCUGCAGGGAGCCUGAAGAUGGAGGUGAAGACGAAAGGGCUGAAGCAGCAGCAGCAGCACCGGAAGAAGCUCCUGGCAGCCAUGUUGUCUCAGGACUCAUUCGACUCAAUGGCCAGCUCGGCUCCGUCCAUCACCGAGGACGAGAUGGAGGAUGAGGACGACGCCAUGGAGCUUCUGGAGGACCUGGAUGACCUGAGGAUGGAGGGGGUCACUGGCCUGGUUUCUUCUGGCAGUAAGUUCAGCCAAGGGCGCAGCUCCUACUGCCCCGAACCGCAGGCCAAAGUCACUCUCAACAUCUGCUCAAGGUGUGCCAGGCUUCAGGGGGAUAGUCUCGCUCCAGCCGGCGCUGAGGAGGAACCAGUACCGCAUAUUCCUGAGCAGGCCAUGCCUGAAGUGACAUGUCCAUUGCCUGGAGUGACUGAGCCUCUGACUGCCACCGAGCUGGAACUCCAGAGCGCUUCUCAAGUGUCCGCACCGCGCUACCCUGCAUGGACAUCUGACGUGAAGCCGGUGAGAGGCACGAGCCCACAGGCACAGAGGCGAGCGCUACAGCUCAAGGAGCUUCUCUUUUCGAAAGAGCUGGAGAACAUGGGCAAGCACCUUGCUGAGGUGGAGAAGGACUUGGCCAAGCUGGCUGAACAAGGGAAGCUCAGCAGGAGUCCCAUCAGCCCCCACAGCAGCCUGCUCCUGCCUGUGAACCCUCACAGUGCCAACGCGCUGCCCAUGCCAGGCUUCAGCUCCAAGCCCAACUCGCCAAGCAAGACUCCCGUGCUGCCGCUCAUCAUCAGCCGGACUCAAUCUCCCAGCAACCCCUGCAGCAGAGCCCAGACCCCCAGCAGGCCCAUGACCCCCAACAGCCUCAUGAUGCGCUCUCUACCUACUACAAGCCACGGAAACCCAGAUCGCAUGUACAGGCGCUCAAGGAGCAGACCGGUUACCCCGACUGGGCAAAUAACACGACCUCUUCUGACCCCUCCCGGUCUCAGCAGCACAGACAGCUUCAGUCUGCGCAGCACACUGUCUGAGGAUGAAUUUUACCGGCAGCUGCAGGCCGUCAGACAGCCUUGGCUCAUCCCCAGUGACACUGAGAGCGAGUGUAUGGAGCGUCCAGAGCAGGACACGUGUAACCCUGGCGGAAUGAGAGAUGCUAGUAAACGAUCAGUGUUUUCAGGUCUAUCUCUAGAGAAACUUCACUUGAAGUAGAAUUUGAGGAACGAGUUUUCUGGGAUCAUGUCAUACAGCGUGACAGAAUUGUACAGUGUAAAAGAGGCUUUAUCCUGUAUCACUGCCCUGGAUGACCAACACAGCAAGCACUCUUUUACUUCCUACAAUGAAUGACAGAAGCAACAUGUAGAACAAGAUGAGAUUUAUUUUCUUUUGUACCAAUGAUGCACUGCAUAUAUAGCCUGCUACAACUUGUAUGAUGCAAAUUAAACUGAUUUAUACGGUU